CAUCUGCUCGAACGCUCGUGGUAUGCCGUGACCGAGACCUGCCUCGCCUUUACCGUCUUCAGGGAUGACUUCAGUCCUCGUUUUGUGGCUCUCUUCACCCUCCUCCUCUUCCUCAAGUGCUUCCAUUGGCUGGCUGAAGACCGGGUGGACUUUAUGGAGAGAAGUCCCAACAUAUCUUGGCUCUUCCAUUUCCGCAUUGUCUCUCUUAUCGUGCUUUUGGCCAUCUUAGACUUCCUGUUCGUCAGCCACGCCUACCACAGCAUCCUGACCAGGGGGGCCUCUGUCCAGCUGGUCUUUGGCUUUGAGUACGCCAUUCUCAUGACGAUGGUGCUGACCGUCUUCAUUAAAUACUUUCUACACUCCAUCGACCUGCAGAGCGAAAAUCCCUGGGACAACAAGGCCGUCUUCAUGCUCUAUACAGAACUCUUCACAGGUUUCAUCAAGGUCCUCCUCUACAUGGCCUUUAUGACGAUCAUGAUCAAAGUACACACCUUCCCGCUUUUCGCCAUCCGGCCCAUGUACCUGGCAAUGAGGCAGUUCAAAAAGGCAGUCACCGAUGCAAUUAUGUCUCGUCGGGCGAUCCGCAACAUGAACACACUGUACCCCGAUGCCACCCCUGAAGAGCUGCAGGCCAUGGACAACGUUUGCAUCAUCUGCCGGGAGGAGAUGGUGACGGGUGCGAAACGCCUGCCUUGCAAUCACAUAUUCCAUACCAG